CCCCGACUACGCCAUGCUCUCCUUCAUGGGCAGCUUCCACGGAAGGACCCUGGGUUGCUUAGCUACAACUCACUCUAAAGCAAUUCACAAAUUGGACAUUCCAUCGCUGGACUGGCCUAUUGCUCCAUUUCCAAGGCUAAAGUAUCCUCUGGAAGACUUUGUGAAGGAGAAUCAGCAGAAUUUAGAGGAGGUGGAAGACCUGAUUGUAAAGUACAGGAAAAAGAAGAAGAUUGUGGCUGGAAUCAUUAUAGAACCAAUACAGUCAGAGGGUGGAGACAAUCAUGCUUCAGAUGACUUCUUCAGAAAGCUACGAGAUAUUGCCAGAAAGCAUGGCUGUGCAUUCUUGGUGGAUGAGGUGCAGACGGGAGGCGGCUGCACAGGAAAAUUCUGGGCACAUGAGCAUUGGGGCCUGGAUGAUCCAGCUGAUGUGGUAACAUUCAGUAAGAAGAUGAUGACAGGAGGAUUUUUCCACAAAGAGGAGUUCAGGCCAAAUGCUCCCUAUCGGAUUUUUAAUACCUGGCUGGGAGAUCCAUCCAAGAACCUUAUGCUUGCUGAAGUCAUUAAGGUUAUUAAAAGAGAAGACCUUCUAAAUAAUGCAACCCAUGCCGGGAAAGCACUGCUGACUGGGCUGCUGGAUUUGCAGGCUCGUUACCCACAUCUUAUCAGCAGAGCACGGGGGAGAGGAACAUUCUGUUCGUUUGACACUCCAAAUGAUGCAACUAGAAACAAGUUAAUUACAAUAGCCAGAAACAAAGGAGUUGUGCUGGGAGGCUGUGGCGACAGAUCAAUUCGUUUUCGUCCAACACUGAUCUUCAAGGAUCAUCAUGCACACCUCUUUCUGAACAUUUUCAGUGACAUCUUGGCAAACUUCAAGUAAAAAGCAGUUCCCUUGCACUGAACAGCUGAUUAUGAAAUUAGUUUGCAUUAAUUCAUGUCUCCUCUACUUACAAGAUCAGUGUAAAGUCAUAAACUAAGGUUUGUGUUCUGUCUGUAAUCCCGCCCAAGGCAAGCCGCUCCAUGCAAACUCAGCCCAGGCAGAGCAUUGGUACUGGUCACCAGCAGGUACAUGCAGCUGCCCCACACUGUGCAGUUGUAGAAGCCGUGGCCCUCCAUCUUCUGGCUUGGGUCCUACUAAUUGCAGAGUCCUCUCUACAUUCAUGGCCCUGACUAUCUGAUUGUCUUAAAUA